UCGAGCGCGCGUUGCCUGAGCAACCGGCUCCUUACUUCCGCUCUGAGAAGAAUCAGGAACUAAUCCGCCCUCUCCAGCUCAGGAUAUUGGGGUUGAGCUUCCUGGGUCAGACGCUGCUGCCUGCGUUGUGAUCUGGGAGCCCAGACUGAGCAGCUGCUGCUUCCCCGGUGGGGUCUGGGCUUGGAAGUGACUUGGAGUGAAGCUUCCUCUGUGCCCAGACAAAGUGAGGACUUUCUCCAGUUGUAAUUAGCUCCAUGGGCCAGCUCUAGGCUCUGCCCACACCAACAUCUGAGCCAGAUAUUCCAGGUGAAUGAGGAUGGUGAAUGAGACCAUGGAUCAGAAUCCUCAGCAGGAAGAUGAGGAAGUGGAACCACAUGGAGUGUUACUGCAAAGAUGCAAAGAGAGUGUGUCCAGGAGUUGUGAGCAGGAAAAAGCCUGUGAGAGUCAGUACUGGCCAGAGAAGCAGCAGGGAAACCAACCAAUGCAGAAAACUGGUCAAUCUGUUAAUUAUCAGGGAAAUCAGAAAUACAACAAGAAUACCAUGGCCCAGCAGGUUAUCCUCAAGGGAGAGAGAAAUAACACAUGCACUGACUGUGGGAAAAAGUUCAGUAAGCGAGCACAUCUUAUUAUCCAUCAGAGAAGCCACACAGGGGAGAAACCCUAUGAAUGCUGUGAAUGUGGGAAAACCUUCGCUCAGAGCUCAAACCUUACUACACAUAAGAGAAUCCACACAGGAGAGAAACCCUAUGAAUGCUGCGAGUGUGGGAAAUCCUUCACUGAUCACUCAACCCUUAUUAGUCAUCAGAGAAUCCACACAGGGGAGAAACCCUAUGAAUGCUGUGAGUGUGGGAAAUCCUUCUCUCGGAGCUUACACCUUAUUCAACAUCAGAGAAUCCACACAGGAGAGAAACCCUAUGAAUGCUAUGAGUGUGGGCAAACCUUCGCUCAGAGUUCACAGCUUAUUAGACAUCAGAGGAUCCACACUGGGGAGAAACCCUAUGAAUGCUGUGAAUGCGGGAAAACCUUCACGGGUAGUUCAAACCUUAUUAGUCAUCAGAGAAUCCACACAGGGGAAAAACCCUAUGAAUGCUAUGAGUGUGGGAAAACCUUCACUGAUAGCUCAACCCUUAUUAGCCACCAGAGAAUCCACACAGGGCAGAAACCCUAUGGAUGCUGUGAGUGUGGGAAAACCUUCUCUUGGAGCUCAGCUCUUAUUCAACAUCAGAGAAUCCACACAGGGGAGAAACCCUAUGAAUGCUGUGAGUGCAGGAAAACCUUUUCUCAGAGCUCAGCCCUUAUUCAACAUCAGAGAAUCCACACAGGGGAGAAACCUUACGCAUGUUGUGAGUGCGGGAAAACCUUUGCUCAGAGCUCAAAACUUAUUAGACAUCAGAGGAUCCACAGAAGAGAGUGACCCCAUGAAUUUUAUGAAUAUGGCAAGUUCUUAUAUCUGAACACAGCCUUUAUUUAUCAUUAGAGAUACUGCAAGGGAGAUAGACCAUACAAACCCCGUCUAGAGCUGAGAAAAGAUUGUUUUCCUUUCACUAAUUCCCACAUAGUGAAAUUUAAGGCAUAAUUUGCGUCCCUGUGAUCUUUCAGUUCUCCCAGAUGAGUUGUCUGCUUUUCCCUGCUGUAGCACAUCCUCCCUUGGGGAGAACCCCAGAGUCUUUAUGAUCAACUGCUUUGUUCUAUGUUGUGGAAGUGUGUCUCCCUCAAACAAGAAUGUCUGUCAACUCCAGGUGGGGGAACCAGGAGUGACCUCAACUAGGGACAUGGAGGUUUAAUGUACUUGGGCCUUGAUUCCACUAGGAUUUAGCUAGCUUCAAUUAGUGAUCUUGAUAUAAAAACAAAGUUUUUUUCAAUUAAAAAGAUAGUCUAUUUAUAGUGGUUAUGGUAAUUUAGCAAAUUUUGUGAAGACUUGACAUAACAUCCAUCACUUUUCCUAGUGUAAACAAAUUUGGUGCAUCCCAUAUAUACUUUUCCUCCCACUGCAAAGCAAUUGUUGGUCACCACAUUCCCCCACUAUGGACAGAUUGUCUGAUUCCCAGUUGUUUUCACAUUGCACUGGGUUCUGUUAAACGUUUUUGUACCAUUUUUCUCAUUUUAAAUGUAUAUAAAUAUAACAAAGAGAAGGAGCAGGAUUAGGGAUAGGAAAAUAAGUUUUUUCAACCUCCAUGACACCUGAAGAAGAAGUGGUGAGUCGCAAGGAUUCCCCCUUUCCGAAUUACUCCAGCAGUGUUUUUCUCUUUGAGCCAGAAUUUAUGUUUUCCACUUUCUACACCUCCACCUCUCACUGUGUCUUAUGAUUCAGUGUUCUCAGCCCUCUGCUUGGGAAUAACACUUAGAUUUGAUCCUAAAACAUAGUGAUUUAGGGCCUGAGAUGAAAGUGUCACAGACCUGGAAGGGGAAUUUGAAUGGAUCUCAAAUGCAGUAUAAUCAUUUGGAGUUCAAAUCUCAGUUUCCAACUAUUGGCAAAGCCUCUUCUCAGAUUUUUCCUAUUGAGAUGGAAUUGUUUGCAGAUGGAGAGGUUGGUUUUUUCCCCCAUUAUGAUGAUGCUAGAAGUUUUGUAAAUGAUACAACUCAAUAGUAACGAGUGAAGCAGGUUUCAAUGGAUCAAAAGAGAAUGUAAUGGGAGAAUCUCUUGUCUUGAUUCUGAGUCAUCACCUUUAACUUGCUCUGGAAUUUCUAGUUAUAUGAAACUGGAUGUAUCUUAUACCUCUCUCUGUUGUGGGUUUUUCCUCUUUUUUGAGGGCCAUUUGGUCCCAUAACCAGAUAUUAGUUUGACUUGCCUGACUAUAGCUCAGAUUGAUUGGGGACUUUGACAAAAUGACAAUUUAUUCAAAUAGUCUUUUCUUAUUUUAUUUUUGCUUUUCCCUGCCCCCUCCGUGAUGAGAAGGAGAAACUUCAAGUGCAGUUCAAUCAAACAGGAGAGAAUACUCCAAGCUUUUGGACAUGCUGCCAACUGUUUUUACAUCUCCCAUCUGAAAUGGUGAACAACAGCACACCCCAAAUUGUGCAACUAACUGAAAUAACUGGAUACAAUCAGAGUGUUGUUCAGCUGUUUAGGUCAAUAUUGUCUCUCAUGAUUUGGGGAGAGAAGUCCACAGUAAGUGACUAGGAACUAGGCAAAAGGUACAUGUGUUUGUUUCCCAAGGCAAUUCUGACCCAGGCUCUUGUGACAGACUAUAUCCCAGUGCUCACACCCUACACACUCUUGCAGUAAUUUUAGUACAAGGCAUGGAGACAUUACACUCCAUAUCCUUUAUGAAAAUAUGCUUAUGAUAUGGAUAUGACAUAACUGAGAUAUACUUUCUGCAGAUGGCUCAUGGAAGAUAUCAUUUGAUAGGUUAUGAUUUACUGAAUGUGAUUAUCCAAUGUGUAUGCAUGUAUCAUUUCUGUAUCUAAAGUUAGGAAUAUCAACUAUGUAAUAAUUACAACUGGGAGUGUAUUGGGAAGACACCCACCAGAUGAUAGGCCAUCAGAUUUGAUGGGCCAUUAGGAAGACACAACAAGACUAUAAAGAUACUAAUCUCUCUCCUUCCUGGGAUGUAGCUGUGACGGUGCUAGAUCAGGUGGUCUUGUCUCCUGAUACUAAACAUUAUCUUGGACUUCUUGUAACUUUCCACUACAAGGAGAAGGAGUGUCAAGUUUGGGAAGCAAAAGAUUCCUGGUUUAUGUAAAUCUUAGGGAAGGGUGGGGAGGAGGGCAAACGAGAUUCUCCUCCAUUGCCUUCCCAAGAAGGAGGACUGCUGAAAGUACCUGGAGGAACAAAGGAACUGACCUGAAGGGAAAGGCAGGGGAGAGUCCAGACUGAGGCAGG